GCGAAAUGGAUACGAAUCGUUCAUCUAUACGUUUUUGGAGUGCUGGAACCGUCAUCCUUGAGGUGAAUUUUGGCGACAGGAGCGGCUGAUGAAGUAUAAGGCAGCGUAAUGCAGCACACCUCGACCAGUCAACCCAGGCCGGUAACUUUGCCAUCUGGCGAGCGCGAGCCCCAACGUCAGCUCAAGAAGCCGGCUAUCAUAUCGUUCGACGUAAUGGGCAUUCUUAUCAAUAUUACGUGUCUACUCUCACACGCCAUCGCCGCUGUCACAGGCCUUAGUGCAGGCAGGAAGGCUCGGUAAACCUAUCGCCAAGUCACGAGGCGCCGCCAAACGGCAGUCAGGCGAUUGAUUAAGGGCCAAACAUGCAGGCAACCUUGCUUCUUGAGGCUAACCUCUGCACAAAACAUCGAAUCGGGCAUCCUAAUCCGAUGGAAGGCGGCGUCGAUCUGAAAUGCCGCAAGAAAAUGUUCAAACUUUCUCCAUCGUGCCCCUCAACCAGUAGAAACCCC